AUGGGUAGGACGCUCCUCGAGAGCUCUUUCUUCGCUCGAGAGCUCAACGAAGGCAACUGGGGCUGGCAGGUUAUCAAUGGAUCCUGCGGGAAGCGCCGCUUCAAGUUCGGCAGAGGAGGCUUCAAGCGGUGUUUCGACCUGGUUAUCAAGAUGAGCUUCUCUAGCGCUCAAUUCUCCUGGCGCAGCUGGGUCAUCACUGUGCGGGGCAACCACGUCUAUGACUGGGUCUCAGGACCUAGGCACCGCAUUGAUGUGAGUUUCCGUUUCCAUGCUCGUGGCAGUGCCGCCCGUGUCAUGCCGCAUGGCAUCAUUGGCCAGAGCUUCUCGUCCAACGAGCCGAGGCACGGCCACGUCGAUAGCUACCCACAGGACGGCGAGUUCAUCACCAGUGCCAUGGCAGAGGGCGCGAUCGAGGGCAAUGCAACAAUGUACGAAAUGGCUUCGCCGUACGCGACUGAGUUCGCCUUCUCGCGCUUCAGCGGCGUUUCUGACGGCCCCGAUAAAGGGGCUGGGUCCUCGGUAUUGGACGCCUCUGAGGCAUCGACAAUGUUGGGCGAGCGAGGGUCGUCGGCGGGAGUAGCGGGGCGGUUCCUCUCGGAGGAGGCGCCCUGCCCCCCGCCCUCAUCUCCACCGCCUUUGUCGCCGGGAGCAGUCCAAGUCGCCGCCACCUCGUUCUCGCUCGACGUUGGCGGCGGCAGGCUUCGGCGGCGUGCACUCGACGCAAUCGGGUUGGAUGCCAUCGAGGCUGCGUUGAUCGCGUCCUUUGCCGGCUCGGUCACUACCGUCGUCAACGCCAUCAGCAGAACCUUCGCCGCAUUUGCCGCCGCCACUUCCACCAUCACCGCCAUCGUCGUCGCCGGCGCCACCACCAUCCUUACCAUCAACCCCACAGAUGAUCUCGCCACUGCCGCCGCCGCCGCCGCCGACGCCGACGACGACGACGACACCAUCACCGCUGCCUCCGCAAGCACCGCCACCGUUGCCGCCACCGCCACCGCCACAGCCGCCGCAGCCGCCGCCUCCACUGUCACCGCCGCGGCCAUCUUCAUCGCCACCUCCAACGCCGACGCCUCCGUCGCCGCCACCGCCACCGUCCUCAGCACCAUCAGCCCCUCCGAGCCCCUCACCGCUGCCACCGCCACCACCAUCGCCGCAACCAUCGCCACCGCCGCCGCCGCCGCCAUCACCUACACCGUCCCCACCCCCAAGCGACUCGCCACUGCCGCCGCCGUCCCCGGCUCCUCCGCCAUCUUCGCCACCGCCGCCGCCGCCGCCGCCACCGCCGCCGCCGCCGCUACCACCGCCGCCGCCGCCGUCACCAUCACCGUCGCCGCCCCCAAGCGCCUCGCCAUUGCCACCACCGCCACCACCACCGCCGCCACCGCCUCCAUCACCUCCACCGCCUCCACCGCCUCCACCGCUUCCACCGCCACGAUCACCGCCGCUGACACCGCCGCUGACACCGCCGCCGCCGCCGCCGCCUUCGCCACCGCCGCCUCCAUCGCCGCCACCGCCACCGUCCUCAGCACCAUCAGCCCCUCCGAGUCCCUCACCACUGCCACCGCCACCACCAUCGCCGCAACCAUCGCCACCGCCGCCACCGCCGCCAUCACCUACACCGUCCCCACCCCCAAGCGACUCGCCACUGCCGCCGCCGUCCCCAGCUCCUCCGCCAUCUUCACCACCGCCAAAGCCGCCGCCAUCGCCGCCACCGCCAUCGCCGCUGCCACCGCCGUCACCAUCACCAUCGCCGCCCCCAAGCGCCUCGCCAUUGCCACCACCGCCACCACCACCGCCGCCACCGCCACUGCCGCCACCAUCACCUCCACCGCCACCUCCACCGCCACCUCCAUCGCCACAGCCAUCCUCGCCGCCACCACAGCCGCCGCCGCCGCCGCUGCCGCCGCCAUCCCCACUGCCGCCGCCACCUCCAUUGCCACAGCCAUCCCCGCCGCCACCACAGCCGCCGCCGCCGCCGCCGCCGCCAUCGCCGCUGCCACCGCCGUCAACUUCACCGUCGCCGCCCCCAAGCGCCUCGCCAUUGCCACCGCCGCCGCCGCCGCCGCCGCCGCCGCCAUCCCCAAAGCCGCCACCACCUCCGUCGCCAAAGCCAUCCCCACCGCCACCACAGCCGCCGCCGCCGCCGCCGCCGCCAUUGCCGCUGCCACCGCCGUCACCUUCACCGUCACCUUCACCGUCGCCCCCAAGUGCCUCGCCAUUGCCGCCGCCGCCAUCGCCGCCGCCACUACCGUCAACCCCCUCCUCCCCACCGCCAGCGCCCAUUCCGUCGUCACCAGAGCGGGGAAGGUUGGCCCCCCCGCCAGAGUCACCUGA